UGAGAGCGGAGCGCCGCUCCUGUCAGAAGGAGAUCUGAUCAGCGCAUCCUCCUUCCUGCACCUGCAGCCAAGGAGCAGCAUCCUUCCCUCAUAUUGUCCACUCUGCUUUGGUGGCUGUAAAUAAACAAAUAAUAAUAAAUAAAAGGUUGAGACUAAGGCAGACUAAGAGGCGGGACUUCCGCCCCGGAGUGAAGCAGAACUAAACCGGUCGGACUGUUUAUCUCUUUGUGCAGCCAGAGGAUCGAGGGGCAGCUGGGGUCUGAUAAGAUAUUGUCAUUACUAGCCACACCAUGCUGAGCUGUUUGAUACAAGGACGCUGCAGUCCUCUUUUCUACCUCCUGGCCAUGGUUUUACCCCUUUUUUCUUCACACACUCUGAAUCCCCAUGAACAUCAGGACCACACCGAGAAGGAAAGACCCAAGCUACUUCUAGUGUCUUUCGAUGGCUUCCGCUGGGACUACAUUUACCGUGUCCCAACUCCUAACUUCCGCAGCAUCAUGGAUGAGGGGGUGAAAGUUGAGUUUGUGGAGAAUAUUUACAUUACCAAAACCUACCCGAACCACUACAGCAUGGUGACAGGCCUGUAUGCUGAGACGCACGGGAUCGUGGCCAAUGAAAUGUAUGACCCAGCACUGAACCUCUCCUUCUCCAUGGAGACGGACAGCGUCUAUGAUUCAAGGUGGUGGGAGCAGGCCGUGCCCCUCUGGGUGACCGUUCAGAAGGAUGGGGGGCGGAGCGGAGCGGCAAUGUGGCCAGGAUCUGAUGUUUUGAUUCAUGGCAUGUUUCCCACUCAGUACCUACCGUAUAACGCCUCGGUUUCAUUUGAAACCAGGGUGCAAUGGAUUAUUGAUUGGUUCUCAGCACCAAAAGGUGAAGCAGUGGAUUUUGGAACUCUGUAUUGGGAGGAGCCUGAUGAGAGUGGUCACAACCUGGGCCCUCAGAGCCCUCUCAUGGAUGCAAUCAUUGCUGGGAUAGAUGAGAAGCUCGGAUUCCUCAUUAAUGAGCUAAAAAAGGCUGGGCUGUAUGAGAAAGUGAACCUCAUCGUGACCAGUGACCAUGGGAUGACACAGCUAUCACCUGAGAAGAUUAUAGAACUGGACCAGUACGUGGACAGAGACUUGUACACUUGGGUGGAUAAGAGUCCGGUGGUUGGAAUUUUGCCUAAAGAAGGAAAGCUCGAUGAGGUGUACGAGCUGCUUGUAGACGCUAACCCCAACAUGGUCGUGUACAGGAAAGACAACAUUCCCGAGCACUUCCACUAUCAGCAUAAUGUUCGGAUUAUGCCCAUCCUCCUGGAGGCCAAGGAGGGCUGGACCAUCAUGCAGAACAGGGAUGGACCAUUCAUGCUGGGAAACCACGGCUAUAACAACACCUUACGUGACAUGCAGCCUGUGUUUGUAGCCCGUGGGCCAGCCUUUCGCCAGAAUUAUGUCAAGACCUCCAUGCGCUCCGUUGAUCUUUACCCUCUCAUGUGUCACAUAUUAGCCAUCAAGCCUCUGCCAAACAAUGGCUCUCUCCUAAAUGUCCAGGACCUGCUGUCCUGGGAACCAACGACUUCCUUCACCACCCCAACCUUCUCCACUGUUCCUCCUAAGGUCAACAGGUACUCCUACGCCACGGUUGUUGGUUCUUUCAUUGGUGUGGUGAUGGUGCUUGGAUUCUUUGUGGUCUACGUCAUAUUAGUGACUCUAAAACAGCGGCCUGUCCUUAAACACAGAAGUUGGGAGAUGUCACAGCCCUUGCUGCAAGAGGACUUGCACCUGUAGCUGAGGAAGUUUAAGGGAUUGGAGACAGAAAAGAUGAGGAGGUUGUGCUCCUCCAGGUACCCUGCUCAGCCCAGAAGCACUCUCUAAAUAUUUUACUUUCACUAAUUAAUGCAGUCGUGCAAUUUAAACUUACACAGGGUUUGCUUGUGGUGCAAUUUAACGAUUUAACAAUAAUAAAAAAAGAAAAUAAAGCCACGCUUUAUUUGUGAAUGUUAGCUGAGAUAAUGUAACAACUUCAAUGUCACUUUCUGCAUAGAGAUUUAGGACUAAGAGCGGAUUUUCAACCUGUUAUUCAGAUAAUUAUGAAUUUUGGUGGCAAAAACUUUGACCCGGAUAAUCCAGAAACAUCAGUAUCCUCAAAUUAACAGUCUACCAAAGGUGUUUUAUAGUUGAUGGUGACCAGUAUCUGUGAAUGUGCAAGUGUGUGGGAAUACUCCAAGAAGCCUGUCUGUUAGGGAUUUACCUGAGAGUGAUAUUACGUUCAGUCAUCCAAAUUCUGCUUUAAAGUUUCACAGUUUGCAAUUAGAGUUUGAAACUCCAAUAAUCCUGGAAUCAUUGUUCUAGAGACAUAAUCUGGUAAAACUUUCAAAAGUAGACAUUUCUGGAUUUGCCUGCGAUUAACUCACUUUUAUUGGCACUCUUGGUAAAAAUGUGAACAAAGGCUUAGUGCACUGAAUUUGAAAUGCAGAAGCUUUUUUCUCUUCAUGUAUCUUAAUACAAUAUUAUGGCCAGGGUUUUAUUUAGUAAAGCAAAGAUCAUAUGAAUAAAAACAGUGUUACAAAAUCCUUGAAAAUUAUUAUUUCCCUUGAAAUAAUAUAUUAUGUAAUAAACAUUAGUGGACUGAUUCUUUGGUUCAUAUUUUACCCUCCUAAGGUCGUCACUGUUUAGGAAUUUUAACAAAGUAAUCCAUAACUACGUUGUGUUUAGACCCAGACAGAUUUUAUUUUGUCAUUUUGUACAUACAAGUUUAAACAAAGAGAAAUUGUACAAGUACAGCUCUCUAGACUCACAUUUUCUAAAGUGCAGGUAAGCAGCUUUGAUUAAAACAUUAAAACAUAAAAACAUAGAAAUAUUAAACAUGUGAAGACACAGAGGUCAAUUUCUUUUAGGUCCUAUACAAAAUAGGAAAGACAAGAGAGUAUGGCCUUCAGUUACGUUACAUGUCGGUAAUCUAAAUAACCAACUGCAGAAAAGUGUAGCAUCAUUUAUAAGAACUAGAAGGUACUACUGUAUCUACCACAAAACACAUCGUCUGGGAGCCAUCAAGGAACAUUGUUUGUCCUUCCAUCAUCAAAUAUAAAGUCUGCUAAGCUCUACAGGGUGCUUUUUUUUAAACGUUUGACUCAAACUGAUUUUUUAAGCAAUAAUUCAAUUCAGUUUAUUUAUUUAGCGCCAAUUCACAACACAAGCCAUAGACAAUUCAACCAGAUCAUAUAAUCAAAUUGAUUCAAAGUUUUCUAUCUGAAUAAUCUUAUUCAGAGAGAACAUAACUUUAGAGAUUUAACUCACAAAUUCUGCAAAGUUAGAGAUUAGAGAAUGAAGCAGAAUGAUGAAAAGGGGUCCCUAUGUCCUCCAGCAGUCUAAGCCUAUAGCAGCAGAACUAUAGAGAUAGCUUAGGGUAACAUUAGUCACUCUAACUAUAACCUUCAUCAAAAAGGGACGUUUUAAUCCUACUCUUAAAAGUAGACAGGGUGUCUGCCUCACGGACAAAAACUGGUAGUUUGUUCCACAGGAGAGGAGCCUGAUAACUAAAAUAUCAUUUGCAUUCUACGUUUAGAAAUUCUAGGAACCAUUAGUGAACCUGCAGAUUGAGAGCGAAUAAACAUUCACAUUUUUGAUCAGAAAAGAAAAUAAAGUGUUAAAAUAUAUAUCAGCCACACAGUUGAAUGUGCCAGAUACAUGAUUUUUCUGUCUGCCCACACUAUUGUGGUUAUUAUUACACAUCUCCCAAGUUGCUUCCUGUUCCCUAGAAUAAUUGUUUAAAUCGAUAACCACAUUUUUAUGUUUUCAGACACAGACUCAGUAUUGUAUUCGACUUUUCUUUUAUUUUAAUAAUACUUUACAAAAUCCCACACAAGGAAAGCAUGCUUGGUUUUCUUGAAAGUGAGCUGCUUAGCCUUUUGCCAUUUGCUGCUUGAAAACCUGAAAAUUUUAAAUGCAAGGUUAUGUUUUUCUGUACCCAGCUAAAUUUUGUCACAAUGCCCAAAAUACCCUUUUUAAUUAAUCUGGUUUGCAAGCUGAAUUCUCAUGGUAUUUGUGCAUUCAAAAACAUUAGAAUCCAUUUUGCCUUUCUCCUGCCUCGACUAUUUAGAAAUAGACAGAAAACAGGUGGCCAAUCACAUUCCGCUAUUAUGUUUUGAGGCGGGACAUACAGGUGUGACAAAAUCAGAGCGCACAGCCAAACCAAACUAAACAGAGAAAUGCAGAAAGUACACGUAGCUGCUGCUAUCGCAUUUGCUUUGUUAGGAUCAAACAUUUUUCCUGUGUAAAAAAAUGCAAGAAAAGAUUUUGUUCAUUAAUUGUAGCUCCGCCCAAUCUGAACAUCCCUUUCUUUAUCUGAACAGAUUAGAUGGGAGUAGCCCAGACUGAUAAUGUGUAAACCUAAAAUUCUUCAGGAGGAUAAUCAUAAAAAACUGUGAAGUCAUUUAGAAAAAUAUCUCCUGUAGAAAAAUAAAUGCUGUAGAAAACUGAGAGUAAAAAUAUGAACAGCCUGGAAUAUCUAGAUAGACAGGAAUGAAAGGAAGAUACGUGCAUAUAUACAGCUAUACCUAUUGAAUGAAUGUACUCCAACAAAAGGUUGUAUUUUACUGUUAUUUUGCUGCUGCAGUAAAAGCUUUACGUCUUUACCAGGAUUGCCAUUGAAAAUGUGAGGGCAGUAAAUACAUAGUUUACAACAAUAGAUAUUUAUACCCUAUUUAUAAAAUGCAGGCAUAUACCAUGUACUAGAUUUUAUUUGUACCUAUAACAAUGCAAAGACAGGCAUUGAAAACUAGGAAAAAACACUGACUGAUCUAUAACUGAUUACUUUUUUUCCAAGCUCCUUUUCUUGAUGUUAUUAUUUAGGGUCUGAUUUGGUGUUCAGUGUUUUGUGCUAGUCUGUGUAAACUAAACUAGCUAUCAUGAUCGCAUUUCCAACAUUGAACAAUGAGCUGGUUAUCGUAAGAAAUGCUGAAAGCAGGUAAGGAAAUCAGACAACUGUGUAUGCUUUCAGACAAUCUGCACCUUUUAAAUGUUUUUACACUAAGUGUUUGGAGAUUUAUUUUAUAUCUCCUUUACCUUCUUAGCAAAAAGAGGUGGAAACAUAUUAGAAGGGAUAAAAUUAGCCGUUGCCCACACUGCAUUUGAGGCAUACGGAGCCUGCACUUUUACAGCAGGGUACUUAGACAGCAGACAGUUUUGAUUUGACAUUUUCAAAUCUAUGCAAAUCAGAUUUGUAUGUCAUGAAGUAAAGGAGGACCAAAGUCUACAUUGAAAUUUCCACCAAUUGUCCAGCUUGUUUGAGCACUAGAGAAGAUGUUACUUUAUACUGGAAAUGCUGUGAUUCUGCUUAAAGAUAAUAUAAAAACUGCUGUGGCUUCAGGAGGCUUGUCAUGGUCACUGUUUAUAAUAAAUGUUGCUUGGAGUAUUCACUGUGUGUCAAGCUACUCCCUUUGAAGGGUACUCACGUCUCUACCUUGCUCUUUCAUAGUCAGCAACCAUUUGCCUUUAAGCUUAACAUUCAUUCAUUCUUGUAGUCUUUUAAGCCCACUUCACACCAGAUUAAGACAGCUCUACAGUCUCUAGGAUUUCCAUUACUGUUUGAAUGUUGCUAGAUCACCACAGAUUUGUUCAAAUGUAAUUUAUAGGGUGAAAUGACUCUAAAUGACUCAUUUUUAUGGUAUUACGAUAUAUAUCUGUUGAUUUUUAAGGGCAUCCUAUCAAAAUGACUGCUGCUGAUUGCAGAUUAUGCCCCAACAUUCUACUUUUAAGAUGUUUUUGCAGUUGAAAAGCAGCCUUAAGAAUUUCCUCCAACCUUUAUGCCAACUACCUAUAUGCACAAUUUGGAGGUGUGCUCACCCACCCUGACAGGGAUUGCAGCAAAUUUCAAUACCAAUCUUUAUUUAAGAAGUGCAUGGAUAUUAGUCUCUGAACCGAUGCUUAAAUUUCGGACAAAUUGCUGAUAAAAUGUUAUCAUCAUGUAGAUCUUAGUGCAGUCAUCAUCCAGUGUGAAGUGGCCUUUAACUGUUGCGUUUCUCGGGAGAGGAUGUUUUUUUGUCUUUAUACAUAACUGUGUGUUUCGCUACUUGUUGUAUUCUAGUGUUGUAACCAUUGCCAUAUUGUUGGUGAAAUGUGAAGUGCAAUUGCAAAUUGUCUGUUUUGUGUCUUAGGGAUUUUAGAGUUUAUUGUCAUUUAGUUGGGAAGACAUUUUCUUUCGGAAUGACUCGUAAGAGAUGACCCCCCGAUUUGCACUACAGGAUUGAAAUGAGGGCACUUGCUAGAUGCUUCUUAGGCAGCCUAUUAUUAGCACUUCUAGUUAGCAUUACGCAUUUCAGAUGCUGAAGAAAGAAGCCGCUUCGAGUUUGAAAGCUUUUUAUUAGCGUCGUCAUAGGGAGACUUGAAACGAAAUCAGCUAUGUGUACAUUUUUGCUGCACCUUAUAUUUAAAAUAAUUGGGUUUGAUGUUCGCUUUUUGCUUUUGAAUGGAUUGUGUCCCAACACAGCAGACAUCACUGUGAUAUAAAUAUUUAUAUACUUUUUACAAAAUUUAAAUUCAUAAAUCAAAAGCCUUUAUAUGGGAACAACCUACUUUCAGAUCCUUUUACUGUUUUGGUAAAUCAAAGUGUUGUCUAAUAACUUUCCCACACCCAUUGGUAUAGAGCAGAUAUCUGUAGUAUUAUAUUUAAAAAUGAUUGAUUUUUACUUGCUAGAAAAAAAUGAAUAAGUUUAGUAUUAUUGCCUUGGAUACAGUGGAUAUUUGAUAUGAGUGACAGAUGAAGUAUCUUUGCCAUGUUGACCCAGUUGAGUCUUCUGAAAAUAAACUUAUAAAAACCAG